AUGAAUCUAGCAAACAAUACAACCAUGCGAGUAUCGCAGUUUACAAUUACAGGUUUUGACCAUUUAUCCAAUAGAAAGCUUCUUGGAUGUCUCAUCCUCAUAUCUUAUUUCCUUACAUUGUUGGGGAGUGGAACAAACAUAUGCCUCAUUUUAAUUGACAGACGUUUACAUAAACCCAUGUAUAUUCUCAUAUGUAAUUUAGCACUUGUGGAUAUCAUGUUCACUACAAGUGCCAGUACAACAAUGAUUUCAGUUCUCCUUGCCGAGAUGAAAACUAUUUCUUACUACUCCUGUAUUUCAAGAAUGUAUAUUUAUCACCUUGGUGAUAUUACAGAAUGUUUGGCCUUGACUUUGAUGGCUGUGGAUCGUUUGAUUGCUAUCAGCCUCCCAUUAAGAUACCACAGCAUCCUCACUAAUUCACGCAUAUUCAUGCUUAUAGCAAAUGCAUGGCUUAUUGCUAUAUGCUCCAUGGUGCCCAUAGCUCUGACUGCUGAUAAUCUUCCCUACUGUCAGCCAAUUAUCAGAUAUGUGUUUUGUGAUUACCCUGCAAUGGUGAGGGCUGCAUGUGCAGAUCCAGAACCAUCAUUUGUGGUAUCAACAAUAAUCGCUAUGUGGCUCCUAGCUCAACUUCCAUUCAUCUUUUUAACAUAUGUGAAGAUUAUGUUCACUGUUCUAAAAAUGCCAAAUAAGGAGAGUCAGGGGCAAAUGUUCAGAACAUGUACUUCUCAUGUUAUAACGGUCUGCUCUUACUAUUUACCGAAAUUAGUAUCUGUGCUGCUAACCAGAGUAGGACUUGUACUUAAUCUAACUGAGCGGAAUGCCCUGCUCAUCGUGGCCACAAUGGUUCCCACGCUCAUUAAUCCAGUAGUUUAUUGUUUAAGGACCAAAGAAAUCAGAACUCGAUUACUCCACAUGUUCUCAAAAGUGUAUGUAUUACCUAGGGAAUGA